AGGAGAUAUAUUUCAACUGCAAACACACACACCGAAUGCUGCGGACACCCAUGCAGACAACCUCUCUUCAUCCCUUCCACGAGGAACGAAGAAGAACAGAGGCUGUCCUCCGUAUGUAUAUAAGGUCCCCGCGCUCAUCCUCCACCACCUCUGACCUCUGAGAGUAAACCAGCGUUACAUUUCUUCUUUUCUUUGUCUCCUCCUCCUCGAAUCUUGUCUCUCUUCUUCCAUAGUUUUCUCUUCGAGUAUUAUGACCACCUCACCAUGCCCUUUUGAGUUCAGUCCCCGCUCUCCGAUAUCUUCUUGGUGCCAUGGCUUCUUCCACCGCUUCUUCUCAGCCGCAUGGGACCCAGAACGAGGAUGUCCACGCCGCCAUUGCCAAGGCCGUGGAGCUGAGGUCUCUGCACGCGGCGCUGCUGCAAAGGAGCAACCUUGGCAGCCCCGCCGUCCUCGGCCCCCACGUCGGUGCUUCCCCUUCUCUCUUGCGGCGUUCUAAUCCGCUCUCCACGGCCGAAGACUACCCCGUCUUCGCACCUAGUUACGAAGAAGAGCCAUUACGAGCUUAUCACAGUAUCCAUCCAGAAAACCGAAGCUUAUCAGGAACCUGGAGAGCCAUGAAGCCAGCAGAAGGCAAGCAAGAUGAAUCAGUAAACAUAGUUAGAAAUGAACAUUCUUCCCCUUACAGCGAGCGGAACAUUUGCUUUACAACUGAACAUUUCUCCAAGAGAAGCUCAUGCGUAAAUCACAAUUUGCAAGCUUCUCUUGUGGCUGAUGCCCUCAAUUCUUCUAGUAGUAGAACCAGUCCAGGAUACGAAACCAUCGCUACAUGCAACGCAUGCAAGCCUCCAACCAUCAAUCGGGAAUACGAAAUCGAGCAUAAGAACUUGAAGGCAGUCACGAGCAUAGUAGGAUCAUUGCAUGACUCAGAGCCACCAACACAUGCGCACACCAAGCACAGAGGGCCUAUCCUGUCAUGGUUAUUCCCCAGAUUGAAGAAGAAACCCAAGCCAGAGAUGUCGCCAAACCCUGUAGAAUCCGAAGACAUGGCUCAGCUUUUGAAGGACUGGGGAUUGCUUUCACUUGAAUCGGUGAAGAAGGAAGUGUUUAAAGCCAACAAGAACAGGGACGCAGCACUGGCAGAAGUCUCAGAAAUGAGGUCUUCGCUGGGAGAGCUGCAACAAAAGCUAGUCAAUUUAGAGACAUACUGUGAAGAGUUGAAGAAGGCCUUAAAGCAGGCAAAGCAUGCGAAGAAUUCCCUGGUUUUGGACCGGCCUAGUUUGCCGAUGAGAACAAAAUUCAAUGGCAGCAUAAAAGACAACACGAUGACCGUCAGCCAUGAGGUAAUGGCGGAAGGUUUUCUGCAGAUGGUAUCAGAAGCCAGGCUAUCCGUCAAACAGUUCUGCGAGAUGCUGAUCCAUCAAAUCGAAGAGACUGAUUGUGAACUGAUGGAGAAGCUGAAAUCGCUUCUCCAGCCUCACCAGAUGGCACCACCCAGUAAUAAACACUCGAAAGCAUUGUUACACCAUGUGGAAGCUCUGAUAAACCAAUCUUUGUAUCAGGAUUUCGAGAACUGUGUGUUCCAGAAGAAUGGCUCACCAAAAUUUCUAGAUCCGCAGCAAGAUCGCCAGGAGAACUUCUCAUCAUUCAUUUCACUACGGAACUUGAGUUGGAAUGAGGUACUGCGCAAGGGGACCAAGUACUACAGUGAAGAUUUCAGCAGGUUCUGUGAUCAAAAAAUGAGCUGCAUCGUUUCCUUGCUAAAUUCUUCAAGAGCAUGGCCCGAACAGCUCCUCCACUGCUUCUUUGUGGCUGCCAAAUGCAUAUGGUUGCUUCACCUGCUCGCUUUCUCGUUCGGCCCACCAUUGAUGAUCCUGCGAGUUGAGGAGAAUCAGAACUUCGAUCCUCUUUACAUGGAAGACAUUCCUGUAGACAGAAAGACAGCACAAAUCCCGGGCCGAGUUAAGAUCAUGGUCAUGCCAGGAUUCUACAUUCAAGAUACUGUUCUCAAGUGCCGGGUUCUUUGCAGAUAUCAGUGACUCAAUUCUCUUUGACCUUUGCUCUCCUCAUGGAUUCGGUGCUUGCAGGAGCUGUCGAAAUCGAUUAUCCAUCCUGAAACUGUAUUGUUCUAUGAGUACAGGCUUGAUAAAACAACUGUAAUUUCUUUCCGUCUAACAAGGUAAAUGUAUUGUCUUACAGAUGAAGUGAGACUGAAAAGAAACGAGGAACUAAUAAUAUUGAUGGCAUGGGGUUAUUGUGAUGGAA